AUGCCGACCUCAAAACCCAACGAGAGCGAAGCGCUGUCGACGGAGGAACAGCUCAAACUCUGGAGUAUAGACAUCAUCCGCAGCGUCAACGCCCGCAAUCCGCGAGCCAUACUGGAAAAGUACGCGGCAUCGGACUAUGUCUAUGAGAAGACUGAAGAUAGCGGCCAAGUCCUCCACCUGGACGCCGAAGGGAUGCUCCAGAUUCGGGAAUUUUACUUGCAGCGAUUGAGUCCGCAAGCGUCUGCCGAGGUGUUGAGCACAGAGGUGCAAGUUGAUUGGGAUAAAGGCCGGGCGCUGGUUUGGGUAGGUAUGCUGGUUCGGAACGACGCCAAGGGUGUGAUGCGGGAAAGGAUGAAUAUUCACUCAUGA